GUUAAAGUUGCACGAAAGCUUUCCAGAAUUUUCAGCACCGUAUGCCCCGCUUACUUUUAGCUGUGAUUGACCGUCAUCGGACGUCAAAAAUGGAUCCUGCUGACCUUCAAAAGCUGCAGCACUUUGACAGCGUGCUGCAGGGCCUGCAAAGUGGUCAGUGCAGUGUGCAGGAUGCAGAAGCGACUUUGGCCGACUUCCAAGCGCUCUUGGAAGAAGUUCGCCAUGCUCCAAGAGCUCACUGGGAAGACUUCCAAAAGCGCCUGGAGACUCAUCGACAAGCGCUGGAAGGGUGCCGAAGUAGUGGCCUACGAGAGGAUCUCCUGGGUGGAGCCCGGAAACGUGGCAAGGAGCUGAAGAUGAAGACACAAGAGGAAGCCGAACACAACGAGGUGUUGGAAUUGAAGAACGCUCGAGAUCAGAUGCGCAACCAGCUGGAUCGUAUGCAUUACGUCAAUGAAAACCUUCAGGAUUCUAGCCGCACAAUUGGGAAGACGAAGGAUGCCAUGCAGGAAUACGAUAGCAAACUGGCGAGCGCAGCCAAGGCACUAGGCCAAUUGAAAAGAAAGACCGAAGAGGAUUCCAGAUACAUUUGGUGGUCUUUCUACUUCUUCAUAGGGGUGGUUGCCUACAUUGUCUUGCGACGGCUUAAAGUCUUCAAGAUGAUCUACUAUGGUAUCUCCUUUGGGAUGUGGUCGACCGGCAGCGUGCUCGAAGCUGUGCAGUCCACCUCCAACGCUCUGUUUGGCGAGCCUCAGCCCGCUGAAACAGAGCGGUGAGAGCAAAAGAAAGCC